AGCAAUUAUGUGAGGUUAUGCAUAUGAAAAAGUGAAUAAACCUUAUUUCUUGUUUUUGAAGAUAUAAAUUUAUAUUAUUCAAAAUGAAUGCGCCCCCAACUUUCGAAUCCUUUCUCUUAUUCGAAGGCGAGAAAAAAGUAAUUCGAGAACAAGACACAAAAGUGCCUAAUGCAGCUAUUUUUACGGUCAAUAAAGAAGAUCAUACCUUAGGAAAUAUGAUUAGAGAUCAAUUAUUGAAAGAUCCUGAUGUAUUGUUUGCUGGAUACAAAGUACCUCACCCCUUGGAACACAAAUUUGUUUUGAGAAUCCAAACUACUUCACUUCUGACUUCUCCGCAAAAAGCUUUCAUGAGCGCCAUCACAGAUUUGAUAGCAGAAUUGUCUUUAUUUGAGGAAAGAUUUAAGGAAGCAAUUAAAGAAAAAAAGGAACAUUUAGGAGAAUAA